GACGACUAUCUAUCUGACUAACAGCCCGUUGCACUCCGUGUUGUCUGCGCGUGCUCAUCGAUCAUCGAUCUCAUGGCGAUAUGGCGACAACAAUGUCCAUGGGCUCGCGUGUCUCAUGUCUCAUUGCUCGAGGCAAGCACUUUGGGUGUAUUUGCUGGGCACUCACUAAUCCACUAAUCGAUGGUCAAAGGCGAGCAACAGGGAGAAGGCUGAAAUGUGCGACUUGGAGCGGCCUCUUGAGACCAACGAUCUUUCGUUCUCUUUCUCUCUUUCUCUCUUUCUCAUCGUCUUCAUCUCUCAUCAUCCCAUCGUCGCGUGUACCAUUCGCUCCCAACACCCCCGCUACCCUCGCGUAUCCUCGCGAGCCCCUUGUGUUCACCGAUCUUGCUCCUCGCUUUCUCCCUCCACCUGUGUUCGUUGUCGCGCCGCCAAGAGUCCCUCCCACUCUCACCUCGACAUGUCAUCGUCGAAGCCUCUUCCACCCGUGCCCCCACCUUCCCCUCACCGCUCUUCCGACCACUCCACCGACUUUGACGGACCCCUUCCCUCACCUCAAGGCUUCUAUGCCACCAUCGAGGCAGCCUGGGCGCCUAUUGAUACCCCACUCCGUCAGCGUCUUCCCGCUAUCUUUCCCAAGGAGGAGUUCAACCUGGACCCCGCCUCCCACCGCUUCUUCUUAUAUCCCCGCCCUCCCGCCCUGCAGUCUCUCACAGAGAAUCAAGCCCACGCCGUUUGGAAGAUCGGUACCCGGCUCGAUGACUUCAAGCGCAACCUCCAACACAUCCUCAAGUUGUACACCUCGCCUCAGCUCCUUCAGUGGAACACGUGCGCUGUCAACGCUAUGCAGUCAGUGCAGCAAUUCUUCUGCGAUUACGACUCGGACUGGGACUGCGCCGGUUGGGUCGUCAUCAUGGGCCAGGCGUUCGCUCAACACGUCGCAAGCACUGGCAAACUGGUCAAAACUGCUCGCUUCCCCCUUCACACCAUCGCGCAUACUCUCCACGGCCAGCGCUACACACCUUUCGAUCCACCUGCAGAGCCGUACUCUGCAUUCUCGUCGGACUCUUCGAAUGAGGCUGAUAGCUUUCGUGAGGCUGAGCUGCAGUCGGGUGGCGAAGAAGGUUGAGUGACUUGGAGUGCAGACUGUUGUAGAGUAGCUUUCGAUGUGCACCGCUUGUAUGCUCUCUGUCUGGUU